AUGCAGUCCGUGGAGUGCAAAUUGGCAAAAAUUGGAGACGAAUAUGUUGGGAAGAUGAACGUUGUGGCAAAUGUUGAGAUCGGGCCAAUGAAGUGUCAACCCUGGUUGAGUCGGGCAAGCAGCGAAGAAGUCUCAAUGCUGAGCCUGGUGACAUUCCCUGACCCAGGCGUGGACGGUGGUCACAACUACUGUCGCAAUCCGAACCGGGAUCCUGACGGGCCAUGGUGCUACACUGGAGAAGCAACUGGCAAAGGAUUGCAAUAUUGCCAAGUCCCUCUUUGUUUUGAAGCAUAUGAGCGUUCUGCUGUCGACGGUGACCCGGCGGUAGGAUACCCAGAAUGUCUGCAAACGGAAAUGGGGAAGGAAUAUGUGGGGACGGUGAGGAAGACAGACACCGGGAAGUCCUGUCUCAACUGGAGUUCCAUGAAUUCGUCUCUUGAAAUCUUCAGAGACUUCCUCGGCUUUGAUCAGAAGAUUACUUAUGACGGUCAUUUUCGAUUUGGGAAGGCUGCAUUACAUCAGGACUUCUGCAGGAACCCGACGUUGAUGAAGCGACCAUGGUGUUUCGUCACUCAUUUGGGAGACUGGGAGCAUUGCGAAAUCUCCUACUGCCCCACCAACCCAAGUGAGAUUAAUCCGGCCAAAGGUCAGAAUCAGUAG